AUGACAAAAAAGACUGCAAGAAAAGAUAAGGAAGUUGAGGAAGACAAGGAAGAAGCACCAUCUAAGCAGGAAAACACCAAGUUCUAUGGAAAGACAGCUCCGCACGAGUUCUACGACACCAACAUUAUGCUGCCAUUUCCAAGAACAAGGAAGCCAACCACCGAUGAACAAUUCGGGAAGUUUGUUGAGGUAAUUCGGCAAUUAUAUGUCAAUAUUCCACUACUUGAUGCAAUGCAGGUUCCAACCUAUGCCAAGUAUUUGAGAGACAUCCUCAACAACAAACGCCCGCUGCCUACAACUGAGGUGAUUAAGCUAACAGAAGAAUGCAGCGCGGCGAUACUAAACCAACUACCAGAAAAGAAGAAGGACCCUGGAUGUCCUACCAUUGACUGCUCCAUUGGGACACAUCACUUCGAGCAUGCACUGUGCGACUUGGGAGCAAGUUUAGCGGAUCAGUCAAUUCGCCAUCCUGCGGGGGUAGCUGAGAAUAUCCCCAUAAAGAUACGCGAGUUCCUGGUCCCUGUGGAUUUCGUGGUACUCGACAUGGAGGUGGAUGAAAAGACUCCACUUAUCCUGGGAAGACCAUUUCUCAGCACUGCUAAUGCACAUAUUGACGUUGGAGCCGGAGAAAUUCAAUUUACAAUCAAUGGGGCCCAGGAGAAGUUCAACUUCAAACCAAAGUUCCCAUGGGACAUCGCCGAGGAUUAUGAACUGGCAGAUGAUGAAAUGGCAACACGCUCACCCCUUAACUAUGGUGAAGCUGUUAUAGUCCUUCCAGGGUACAUCGGCUGCAACAGGAACAUCAUCGAUAACUCCCAGACUGGUGCAUCGGCAAAGACCAAGAGCACUCAGACAUCAGGUGCCGAUGCCCCCUAG